GACUUUACAUUGAAGAUGGUUGUCUAUUGUCAAAAGUCACAAAUUUAAUCUGAGCAGACUUGUUUUAUAUAGGCCCUUUAUUAGAAAAUAGAGAAAAUGGAUGAAAAAACUAGAUACCGUUUACUUGCGGUAAUUUGCACCAUUUUGAGCGGGUCGCAAAUAAUAUUCGGAGUCGUUGCUUUGUUUGACCCCGAAUGGCUGGUGUUUCAAAACACCACAUUGGCUUUUGUGGAAAGGUUUCAAAAUCCAGUUAACCCUGACAAAGGUCAAAUCAGAGAUGCUCUCUCAGGAAACGAUUCUGCUAUACAGGUUGUACCGACAGCUUUGCCCACGAAUUUGGCCGUUGAACCAGUAAAUGUGAUAUAUCUACGAGCAGCAAUCGGGUUAUUAGAAACGGUCAUAAAUGGAGAUGAGAUUUUUGAAAACAGAGAAGGUUUAAAGGGUGUGGUAGGAUUUAUCAUGGUGUCUUUAUUGGCGUCCCUAUUUUCCCUGGCACACAGCAUAAGUAUAUUGAUGGAAGAAUAUUGCCCGAAAUGUUCGAAAUGCUGUCAAAUGAAUAGGAAAAAAUGUCGUAGCUGUAUGGAAAAGAUUAUUGAAAAACUAAAUAGCAUCUCGAAAGGCAACUAUUCAGCAGGCGUUAGUGCUGGCGUAGCGGAUGCAAUGUUUGCCUACACCACUGAUGAUCUGGUUAAGGGCACUUUCGGAUCAGGUUUUAUUCUCAUGGCUGUUUCAUCAGGCAUGACGGUUUUUACUUUAUUUAUAAGUUUCUUCAAUGACAAGCCAUCAGACGAAGACCAACCAACAAGGAGUGGUCAACGACGUCAGGGUAGAAACGUAGAUGACAGUCGUAUAUAAAUUAAUAUAGAGUUUACAUGUAGCACACUAACACUAAUAAGUAUGGUAGCAAUGUUGCAUAUGUGUAUAGUACUGUGGGGUAAAAUGAAAGCUUAUAAUAUUCCACUUAUAUUAUUAUAAUAUUCCAGAUUUUCUAAUCUCGGUUUCAAUCAUUACCAAAACAUGGUUCUGUAAAUAUUCUUUGUUUUCUACUAAAUGGCUCGAUAGGACAAAAAGAAAAGAUUAACCAUCUUAUACCUCGACCUAUACUGUACCAAUACCAACAUUAAUAGAUAAAAGUGUAUAAAUAGUGUGUAGUACGGUUUUAUUACCCCAAAGUACCCUAUAUAGUUUAUACUGUUUUUCUAACUAAACCAAAUAUACUCUAAAUAUAACAUGAAAAAUG